GCUUUGAAGCUCCAGUAGCAUCUGUUUUUGGACCUCUGGCGGCUGCGCCUGACGCCAUGGCACUGGAGUUGGAGCAGACCCAGCAUAAUUAUGACAUGGAGUCGAUGUCUGAGACGCACACCAUGCUUCGGGGGGAGCAGAAGCUGCAGAGCAGAUGGCCCAGGACCUUGCUCCUAGCCGCCGGCUUCCUGGCCCUCACGGCAGUGGUCGUGGCUACUGCGCUCUUCGCUUCCAGGCCAAAGACCAGCCUCCGCAAGUCUAGUGGCUCAGUGGUCCAGUUGUCCGAUGAUUCCGUUUGGGCCGACGUGUUGUCCUCGAACGCAAUGAAGCAGUAUGAGCAGGGGAAGGAAAUGGCAAAAGAGGCUGACAAGGGAGCGUCUGAGGCCGUCGAAAGUGCUAAGAACAAGGUUGAAGAUGCCAUCAACAACAUGGGUUCUGGUGCAAGUAAGGUUGUCAGUGAUGCGCAAAAUGCCAUGAAGCAGAAAGCCGACGAGGCGACAGGCGCCGCAAAGAAUGCUGCCAAAAAAUUGCAGAAAGCUGCCAGCUCUGCAGCUGAGACAGCGCAGAAGUCCCCGACGCAGGCGGAGGCGGAUGCCGCCGCAGCAGCUAAGGCACUCAUGCAAAGCCUCAUGGGUGGUGAUGAUUCGUCCAGGGAAAAGAUGAUCAGCGCAGCCAAGGCUCCCGCGCCUGCCGCCCCCGUGCCGGCCCUGACCCUCGGUGCAGUGAAGAUUCCGGCGCCUCCCAAGCUGCCUAGCAUUGCAAUGCCAAAGAUCCAAACUCCUGUCACCCUCCCAGUUGCGGCCCCUGCUGUUGGCGCUGUGGAGCCUCCGGCUCCCAAGCCAACAGAUGAUCCUUCCAAGUCUGCUCUGGCUCCCCAGGUAGCCAGCAGUGACCAGGAUCCCUGCAGUUCUGAUCAGGAGCUUUCGGGUGGCUUGUGUUAUGCCAAGUGCUCCCUGCUGACUCAAGGCUCCCACCCGUGCCGAAGUUCCGCGUGGUCCUGCUGUGCAGUGGCUGAUGGUCCCAGCUGUGCCGAGAAGGCAUCCAUGGAGAGUUGUUGGGUUCAUCCUGGCUUUUGCUUCGGCUACGCCGUGGCCGGCAUGGAAGAAGCAAAGCAGCAAGGCUCCAACUGCCCAACGAAUCUCGGGGGCUGCCUGGUCAACGAGGAGAUGUUUAUGUCUCAGUGCUAUAAGAAGUGCAGAGACCUCACUGGUGGCACGCAUACCAAGCGCGUUGGUGCUGCCACCUGCUGUAACAAGGGCAGUGACUUCGAAUGCUUGUGGCCAGGAAACCUCAAGAGCGACCCGAGCUACAACGUCGGUGGCGGCCUGGGCGACCACAACUCAGGCACGCCCUCGCACUCGCACCUGCCCAUGAAGUCUCUCGCGCAGAGUGACUAG